GUGCGCGCGCGCGUGUACGGGAGGAAGAUGUAUGUAGGAGAGGAGUUGAAGUUGAGCAAGUUGCGAGCGGCUUUAAGCGGAUUUAAUACAGUAAACGGAAGAGUAACAAUAAAGCUGAAGCCCUUCCAAGUGAACUGAAGACUCCCGGCUCCUCUUUGGAGUUCUCCUGUUGCGUGAGGGGUGGGGUUAACCACGAGCAGAUACCGCUGAUCUCUUAAGCUUUUCACGGCUCCUCUGUGCACUCGGACCACGGUCGGGGAGCUGAGCAGAAACGUGCUGCACCAGAGCGGCUAACGGGGACGUUGUCUGGUUUGACAGAUACCGAAGUCUGUGUGGUCAAACAACGGCAUGAUGAACAGCGCAGCUGCAUAUCCACCUCCCUCCGCCCCCCCCGCCAAUAUGUUCAAUAACGUGCCCGGCUACGAGGACAUUAUGGCAGGAGGAGGUGGUUAUCUUCCCCCUCCUAUGCCACUGGAGCCUGUAGCCCCUCCACAACCCGGCCCUACACCUGACAACUGGAGCAUCCCAUCUCUGUCAGAGGAUGUGGCUCGUGAGGCGUUCAAGAGCUUCGCAUCGUCUCAUUGCUGCUACAGUAGCUCUCCGGCCGACGACGGAGUCAUCACCAGCAUGGAGCCGUACAACACCUACAGGUACCGGCUGGAGACAUUUGUUGAGUCCAGAUCAACUGAGUGGGCCCACAAACCUUAUGAAGGUGAAGUGGCUGACUUCUACACCCAGCCCGCCCCCCGGCCCUGGGAGGUCCAGGCCACGGCCCCCAACCUCUUCACUGAUCACACGCAGAAGAUUCGGGUGCCCUUCACCUCCACCAUCAAGGACUGCCACGACUGCCAUGGCAAAGGGACAAUCCCAUGUGAGGAGUGCCAUGGAGAUGGAUACAAAUCGUGCUGGGUUUGUAACGGCUCUGGGACGAGGGGCACUGAGAACUGCACUCGCUGUAAUGCUACAGGAAAAGAGAGGUGUACAACAUGUGACGGUCAGGGAACGAAAAAGUGCAAAACCUGUGAAGGGAAACGACAACUGCUGACAUUCAUCGAACUCAAAGUGGAGUGGAUCAACCAUGUGGAGGACCACGUGGUGGAGCAGAACUCUGGUCUGAGGGUUGAUGAGCUUCGCUCAGUGAGCGGGAAGGAGCUGUUCAAGAAUAACCAGUACCUGCUCUACCCGUUGCUCGGGUUCCCAAACCCGGCCAUUUCUGAGGCCUCCGAGCGUCUGAUCAAGGACCACCAAAGCAAGUACUCCCAGACCUCCAGGAUCCUACAGCAGAGGCAGACGGUUGAGUUGAUCCCCAUCACCAGGGUGAACUAUAAGUGGAAGGGCGACUCCCAUGUCUACUUUGUCUACGGCAACGAGCACCAAGUCAGCGCUGACAACUACCCUGCCACCUGCUGCUGUGUCAUCCUGUAGACACACACGCACACGCACGCACGCACACACACACACACAGAAAUAGUCCAAUUAGUGAAAUUGUUGUGACUAAUCAAAGCGAUGUUUUCAGAUAUAUGGUAAACAAAGAAGAAAUCACAUCAGAAUGUCACCACAAUAACCGUACCAUGGACGAUUUUCUGUUAACAAUAGAACAACUUACAGUGAACAGUUUACUUAAAACACAUGCUGAUAUGUGCCAUUCAAUGACCUCAGUAUUGAACGGAACAAUACCUUAAGGAGCCUUAAGAAAAGAGCAAAUGCAUGAAAUAUGUGGCAUGACAGGUAAAAGUUAUAAAGCAUGAGAAGCAGCAAAGAAAAAAGAUCUCUGGCAGAUGAAUAUAUAAUAUGUGCUAUAUAAUUAUUUUUGUAAUUAUAUGCAUUUUAUAGACAAACACCAGAAUCCAGUUCGCCUGGUUUCUACCUGUGUCUGUCUUUUGUGGUUUAAUGUUUCGUGACGGUAGAAACCACUUGAGUCUUUUAUCUGUGGAGAGAGAGAGAGAGAGAGAGGUUUCAUCUCAAACAGAUCAGGAUUUUCUGUCUGCAAAAUCUUAGUAGUCUGAUAUUCUGAUAAAGGCCAGAAAGUGUUGAAGCAAAAUUCAUUUGUAUGUCUGUGUAAAUACUUGAUCCUCGAAGCUUGGUGCUGUACCACUGUAGCCAGUGAACUAACCGUUUGUGCCCCUCAUGUAUAAAUCCGGAGCAACAGUGUCAGUAAUUGCUAUUGCUCAACUGCAAAAAUUGUUGUCAGUGUGCACCAAACCCUGCAGGUGCCACAAAACUUUGUUGAUUUAAAUGCUGCCAUGACUGUGAGUGAGUUUAGUCACUCUUUUUCAGGUUUACAUAUUUACAUGUUAAGUAAAUGUCUGUCCCUUCACCUGGACAGGCUGAAUGACAUUAUCGACAGUAUAUGCUUAAUUUUCUACACAUAAAUAUAUCUGUAUAAAUAAUCUACCUGUUGUCGCCUUCAGAUGUUUAAUGAUGACUAACAAAACUCACCAAAGUGUUGAAACAGUAUUCCUAAAGAAAUCAAGAUGUCACCAAAAUAACCUUAGUUAUUUGUUACUGCUAAGCUCGGAGUGUCUUCUGACCUGCACAAAGUCCGUGCUUUCUGUGUGCUUUUCUCUCUGACUUUAAUUGUCAGCUAAUCCCCUGACAGCCUGCAAGCUGCAGUGCUGAAAGAUAUUCUGGGCAGGAAGAAAGGAAGAAGGAAAUAUGGCUAUUGUGCCCUAGAGAGAGUUGGAGACAGAAACGGACUGUAGAGCAGGAACAGAAAAGAGUUCUUUUCACUCGUAUCUCUUCAAGCACUACCAGUGACUCAGACAAAACUUUGCUUUUCUUUCUUUCUUUAAGAAGCAUGGAAAACAACAGAUCAUCAUAGAGGAAAACAAACAAGUGUGCUGUUUCAUCUCAAUUUUUCAGUUUUGUAAUUUCGGCUCAGACGUGCCUGUAAAAUCUUGCAAUAAUGCUGUGGUUGUAAUUCUGUGAAGAUGACCUAACACAGAGAACAAGGCUAAUGAUAACUGACACACAGGCCUCUCAAAUCUCAACAAUGUGUCAUGUGGCCCUGUGCAUGAACCAUGGAUAUAUCAUAAUAACUGGAUACCGGACUCAAACAUGCCGCCCACUCACCUGAAUGAAACUUGCGUGCCUGGCACACAAGCCAGCAAAAAUAUAGAGUCCAUGCCACUUUACUUGUUUUGUUUUUUAAAAAUAUAUCAGUGUUAAACAUUUCAGCAGUCGAUUCUAAGAUCUCAAAACAGAAGUGAUGCUUCUGGAAUGUGAAUGUGCUGGAAUGCCUCUUUAUCUGCAGUCUACAUGCCUUAAACACAACACUGUGAGGAAUAAACAUCUCUACUAUUAAGCUUAUGUACCUGACAAUAUUAUCACUCUUUUAGUACUCAAUAAUAUUCUAUAGUUGUUGUGGAUAAUCAGUUUUAUGUCACAGCUGAAAAUAAACUCUGAUACUCA